AUGAUUACGGCUUUGUGUAGGAGCUGCGGUGAAUGGUUGCUUAACUGCGCAUUUGCGCUGGAGACUAACGAUCACUACCAUAUGUCGCAGUACAGCACCAAAGAAAGAGAACCACCAGAGAAAUUAGCACCAAAGAUGGGUAUCGUUAGAGAACAGAAAAGCGUCUUUGCCUUUUCCUUAAAAAUGGGAGAAGAAAACGAUAGCGUCGAUGCUCCAGCGUCCUUCAGAUGGAAUUUGUACACAGUUCUUAUCGGAGCUUUCCAUCUCUUUGGAUCCAACGAAUUGGCACUUGCAUUGUUUGGAGGGCUGCCAAAGAAUCUACCCCAUGAUGACUGCAAACACAGUGGAAACUAUGCGCUUUCUUCUGCCCAAACCGGAGCUUUCAAGAAACGUUGCACGGUAGAGGGAUACGAGCUUUUUUGA